AUGGGUUCGCCCCGGUCCAACUCCGACGUUGUGACCGAAAAGGCUGCACCGCUCGCCUGCACCGAAUGCCGCAGGAAACAUGCCAAGUGCGAUGCCAACAUGCCAGUAUGCUUGCGCUGCAUGUCAGCAGGCGUUCAAUGCCACUAUCUGCCCUCGCGGCGUGGGCUGAAGCGGCGCGCGGCGAGCUACAGCCAGCACAUGCGCCCAAAUCCUUCUCCUCCAGGUCCCCAGCAAGUGCAGUGUUAUGGUCCCGGGUUCGUCGCAUCCGGCGAAAGCUCAGUCCAGACCCAUCUGGACGUCUUCCCCGAUCAAGCGCCUGUUGCUACAGUCAGUCUCGAAGAGCCGCAGCAGUACUACCCAGUCGAGGACGACGAGGCCUUGAUCAAUCUGUUCUACGCCAACUUCCAUGCCGCUCAUCCAAUCCUAGUGCCUCGUACACUGUACACGACACAAGCCUACCCAGCAUAUCUGAAACUAGUUGUUCACUUUCUAGGCAGUCAUUUCUCUACAGCAACUUCAAGCGAUACGCUGCGCAGCGUAACAGCAUCUGCGCUUGCAGAGGCUGGGGGUAGGAAUCACAGCUUCCACCUCGUGCAAGCGCUUCUGCUUUUCUCAAUAGCGCUGCACGCUCGCAACGAGAUUCCAGAAUGCGUGUCGAUGCUCGCCCAGGCCGUGUCGUUGGCGUUAGAGCUGGGCAUGCAUCGGAAGAGUUUCUCCGAAGACUACGGUAGACAAUCUGCCAUCCAGGAGGAGAGUCUCCGAAGGACGUGGUGGGAGCUCUACGUGACCGACGGGUUCAUGGCUGCAUUACAGCGCAAGUCUAGCUUCGACUGCCACACCUCAAGCCCCGACGUGCCACUGCCCUGUGAAGAGUCUCUGUACGUAGAAGGGUCGUUUUUCAGAGAGCCGCCGUCACUGGCCGAGUUCGACGCCAGGAUGUAUGCCCCCGAAGAGACCCAUUACUCCUCAUUCUGCUAUCGGAUCGAAGCCGUCAGGGUCCUGGCCCGCGUUCUGUCGAUUGCAUGGACGCACGAUGUGCACGAGGAUCAGGUCCGUGCUAUUGACAACGCGCUUGCAGCCUGGCCACACCACUUGGAUGUGGCCAAGACAGAUGCCGCCACAACUUACGGUGGCGUGGACGAGAUGCUCUUCCAGGCUCAUAUGCUCAUCCACUAUAGCACCAUUUACCUGCAUUUCCCGCGCAGUGAUCUUGUGGCAACACUGCCCGGCGCGUCCAAUAUCAUCCGUCAGCAACACCUCCUGCCCGUGUCCACACGCAACAUGCAUGGAAUCAAGGCUCUAGAGGCCUCCAAACAGCUGGCAAAUCUGGCCGCCAUUCCCACUCCAAUGCAGAAGCACUCGCCGUUCUUCAUUUGCGGCAUUGUCUUUUGUGUCCUUGUACAGCUAUCUGCAUGCUCGCUUCCUGAACUAUACAACUCCCAAGACCGGUACCGCGACAGCAUCUCUCUAAUCACAGGUGUCCUCAGGACCCUCAGUCCCACAUGGGCACUGGCACAGGUAACUUUGCGGAAGAUCAAGAACAUUGCCUUGGAGACAUUAUUUCUUCAAGACAAGCCUGUCACCACCACCUCCCCUCACGACAGCGGUGUUGAUCUUAGUGCUUCCAUAACCGACCUGCAAAUAUCCGACCUUCUAUGGAUCGAUGCGCUGCAUUAA